UAAGUAUAAAGGGACAGUCAGAUCGUGUAACCCGAUUAUUUCGUUAAAAUAUCUCGGAAUGUUACUGCGUACAUUAUGGUUCAUUGGCGUGUUCAUUGCUUCCAUCGUUCUGGAGUUUUCCGCCCUUGGCUCGCCGACCAUCAAUACAUCAGUUACUUCGAAAGAACAGAAAGUCUUCCUUGAUUGCCAAUACACUGAUUACAGGACCUACAUACAAUGUCUCAAGAGACAAAAGAGGCAUCAUUUCGAUCAUGGACAUGGAGAAAUACAUGGAGAAUAUGAUCAUGAAUGUAUGGAAUCAUGCUUGAAGAAAUGUGAUUUCAAUUGCGACGUAAUAUGUAAACAUUGUAUGAGGAAAACAAAGCAUAGACACCAAAUAAUUACAGAAUAUGAAUCUGAAUGUAUUUCUGGAAAAUGUACAGAAAAUAAGAAGGAAGAUUUACCAAAUGCUAAUAUUACUACUAACAUAAAUAUUCAUAACAUUAUUAAUGGAAGUCUAUCGUGUUGUAAUUCAGCAAUUGUAUGUCCACCAAAUAUAAAAUGUCCAUCGCCAUCUCCGCCAUCACCGUCAUCUCCGUUACCUCCGUCAUUACCGUCACCUCCGUCAUCACCGCCAUCUCCGCCACCUCCGUCAUCACCGCCAUCUCCGCCACCUCUGCCACCUCCGCCACCUCCGCCACCUCCGCCACCUCUGCCACCUCUGCCACCUCCGCCAUUUCUACCACCACUGCCACCUCCGCUACCUCCGCCACCUCCGCCACCUCCGCCACCUCCGCCACUUCCGCCACCUCCGCCAUUUCUACCAAUAUGUCCUUCACAAACAUGUUACCCUUAUGGUUUUAUAUAUGGUCAAAGCAAUUUUGGAUGUCAAAAUUGGAAUUCAUAUCCUUGCAUUCAAACUUGGAUGAAUCCAGUAGGACCAAUUGAUUGUUCCGGUUGCGGUUAUAAUUAUAAUUAUAAUUCUAAGUGUCAUAUUUAUUGCUAUUAUACAACAUAUAAUAAAUUCCAAUCUUCAAAUUGUAGAAAUUCAUAUUGUCUGGAUGGUACUUAUGGAUAAUAGAUAAUAAUAUUACAGAAAUUAAAUAUUUUAUAUACAAAGGUGUAAGGAUUAUCUUAGAUAAAAUAAAAAUAUUAGAUCCAAAAUAUAUUAUCAUUAAUUGAUUAUUUCUGUAUUACAACUUAUUAUUAGAAAAUUAUUAUAUAUUAUAAAAAUUAUAUUAUAUUAUAUUAUUAUUAAAUUUAUAAAAAAAAAUAUCCCUGGGUGUACAAUAAUAAAAUUAUAUAUUAAAUUAAA